GGCGGGGCGGGCGAGAUUCGUGGCGAGUUUUAGUUUUCAGCCGCCCUCUUUUGCUACUCCUAGCCUGGGAGGCUCACCGAGGCAAGACCCCUGGUUCUAGAGAAGAUAUAGGCAUGACGGGCACCAGCCUUGCCUCGCUCGCAUCACAAACGUGAGAAUUGAUCUCCCCGUGGUUGAAAGCCCUCAGGUUCCUACCACUCUCCAGGCAUCCUUUCUGAUGAAAGAUAAGAGACUCCUCCCUGUCCUGUUUCAGCAGCUGUAAAGACCUGAAGAUAGUCUUUUCUUCGAAGAUGGAAAACAGUACCACUACCAUUUCUCGGGAAGAGCUGGAAGAGCUACAGGAAGCAUUUAAUAAAAUAGACAUUGACAACAGUGGGUAUGUUAGUGACUAUGAACUACAGGACCUGUUUAAGGAAGCAAGCCUUCCUCUGCCUGGCUACAAGGUGCGCGAGAUUGUGGAGAAAAUUCUAUCAGUGGCUGACAACAACAAAGAUGGCAAAAUCAGUUUUGAAGAGUUUGUGUCACUGAUGCAAGAGUUAAAAAGCAAAGACAUCAGUAAGACGUUCCGCAAAAUAAUUAACAAGAGGGAAGGGAUUACUGCUAUUGGAGGAACAUCAUCCAUUUCCAGUGAGGGCACACAGCAUUCUUAUUCAGAGGAAGAAAAAGUGGCUUUUGUUAACUGGAUAAACAAAGCUCUGGAGGAUGACCCUGACUGUAAACAUCUCCUACCCAUGAAUCCUCAUGAUGGCAGUCUUUUCAAAUCACUUGCGGAUGGCAUUCUUCUUUGCAAGAUGAUCAACUUAUCUGAACCAGAUACAAUUGAUGAAAGAGCCAUUAAUAAGAAAAAGCUCACCCAUUUCACUAUUUCUGAAAAUUUAAACCUGGCCUUGAAUUCUGCCUCAGCCAUUGGUUGCACAGUGGUCAACAUUGGUGCACAGGAUCUCAAAGAAGGAAAACCUCACCUGGUCUUGGGACUUCUCUGGCAGAUCAUCAAAGUUGGUCUUUUUGCUGAUAUUGAGAUUUCCAGGAAUGAAGCUCUAAUUGCAUUACUAAAUGAGGGUGAGGAUCUAGAAGAGCUGAUGAAGCUUUCUCCAGAGGAAUUAUUGCUGCGAUGGGUGAACUACCAUCUGACCAAUGCAGGAUGGCGUACCAUCAACAACUUCAGCAGCGACAUUAAGGAUUCAAGAGCCUAUUUUCAUCUGCUUAAUCAGAUUGCACCUAAAGGUGACCGGGAUGAUGGACCUGCCAUUACCAUUGAUCUUUCAGGAUUUAAUGAGAAAAAUGACCUGAAGCGUGCUGGAUUCAUGCUUCAAGAAGCAGAUAAACUGGGCUGCAGACAGUUUGUUACUCCUGCAGAUGUGGUUUCAGGCAAUCCUAAACUUAAUUUAGCUUUUGUAGCUAAUCUGUUUAACACAUACCCAUGCCUCCAUAAGCCCGAUAAUAAUGACAUCGAUAUGAAUUUAUUGGAAGGAGAGAGCAAGGAAGAGAGGACAUUUCGGAACUGGAUGAAUUCCUUGGGGGUCAACCCAUAUAUUAAUCAUUUGUACAGUGACCUUGCAGAUGCUUUAGUGAUCUUUCAGCUCUAUGAAAUGAUCCGUGUGCCAGUCGACUGGAGCCAUGUCAACAAACCUCCUUAUCCUGCUCUUGGAGGGAACAUGAAGAAGAUCGAAAACUGUAACUAUGCAGUGGAGCUUGGGAAGAAUAAGGCUAAAUUCUCCUUGGUUGGCAUUGCUGGGCAGGACCUAAAUGAAGGGAAUGCAACACUUACUCUGGCAUUGGUAUGGCAGCUGAUGAGAAGGUACACAUUGAAUGUGUUGUCAGAUCUUGGAGAAGGUGAAAAAGUAAAUGAUGAAAUUAUUAUUAAAUGGGUCAAUCAGACGCUUAAAAGUGCAAAAAAACAUACUUCCAUUUCCAGCUUCAAGGACAAAUCUAUCAGCACAAGCUUACCUGUCCUAGACUUAAUAGAUGCCAUCGCACCAAAUGCAGUUCGUCAAGAAAUGAUCAAGAGAGAAGACUUAUCUGAAGAGGACAAGCUAAACAAUGCUAAAUACGCCAUUUCAGUUGCUCGAAAGAUUGGUGCCCGGAUAUAUGCCUUACCUGAUGACCUCGUAGAAGUGAAACCAAAGAUGGUUAUGACUGUGUUUGCAUGCUUAAUGGGAAAAGGACUGAAUAGAAUAAAAUAAUGAGAAACAUUUAAUAUGAUUUUCUGCCACAUUAAACACAUUGAAUGCCUCACAGUUUACAGAUUUCUGAAAUGUAGUGGGUAUAAAACCAGAGAUUAUUUGUAUGCUUAAAAUAGUUGUAUAAUUCAUUAAUGAAUUAAAUAUCUUGUUUCUACUGGUUAGAAUCUGUCGAACUUUUUGGAUAACACAGUUAAUUUACCAGUAGAUACUGAUAUGUUCAUUAUCAAGUCGAUAUUUCAUAAUUAAAUUAUUUUCAUUUCCUGAAAGUCUUAUUAAAAGCAAAACUAAUUCAUUGUUUUUCAUGGUUCAAAAAGAUCAAUACAAAAAUUUUUUGCAGGUCCUGCUGUGUUUUGAUUUGUGUGUGGAUGCGUGUGUGUGUGUGUUAAUUUUGAUCAUAAAUGUAUUCAAAGUCAUAAUCCAGUUUAUUUUAUUUUUUCCUCCAACUAUAUGAACCUUAACUUUUCUGUAAAUUUCUAUAUGGUCUCAAAUUUUUAAGUGACAAGUAUUGUUCAUUAACAUUAAACUUUUUUAUAUAUGAGAACUAACUCUUGAAGAAACCCCAAAGUACAUUCUCUUGUAUAAGUAGCAGGAGCUUUUUACUUAAAACUUAAUUUUAAUUGUAGAUACUACAUAUGCUAGUUUGGUAAUAGAACUUUAACUAUGACAUGCAGCAUAUAUGUUGGUAGAUUGUUAUUACAGAAAGAUCUGUGUACAUAUGUAUUUUUUGCAUCUGAAUUACCCAGGUUUUCUUAAAUGGUAUAUAAAACUAGUCAGUCAGCCAACCAUUAAGUGUUUAUUGUAGUCUCACGAUGUGUGUAACACUUGUCAUUAUGUAGAUAUCUGGUACAUGAAGAUUUCUUUUAGAAAUAAUCAUUUUGGAUGUGCAUAUAUUUUCCAACUGACUUCUUCCACAUAUUUAUAGCAAAAAAUUGGCUAGAACAUCUCAAGACAUGUUGACACUAUACUGUUAGCUUCAUAUUACACAUGUUAAUUUUGAUCUAUAGGAAGCCCUAAUUUAGAAUAUGCCCACUGAAUAUCUUUAGUAGAAAGUAACACAAAGCUAAUAUUGAACAUAGAGUAUUUUCAAAUGUUUUUUCCACAGCCUCCUACAAAUUGGCAGUGUUUGGUUACUGCUUGUGUUACUUGGGAACAACUAACCUUCAGACCUAUUUUUGUGUGAAUUUUUAUCAGUAGACAGAUUCUGCUGCUAAAAAUUGAAUUCAGAAAUCUAUUUUCUCCAUCUUCCACUGUUAGUGUAAGUGAGCAAUACUGCUUUGCAACAGAAAUGCUGUCACUUUGUCUCAGUGUGAAUGAGUAGUCUAAAUCCCUCUUCUACCAUUGAAAACCAUACAUGUUGGUAAGAGUGAGACUACUCAUGUGUUUAGAAUAGAAUUUUUUAAAUGAAAUCAACAAGUGGAACUUUGAAAUAUAUUCUACAAAAGAGAUUUCCUUUCCUUUUAUAUUUUAGUGAUUGUUUUCUUACAUGAAGAUUAAGAUAUGUUCUUGCUCUAAGAAAUUAAUUAAUGUUUUCCCUUUUGAUUUUUUUCACCAUUAUAUUUACUAAGUUAUCUGAUUUACAUGAAAUUUGGCACUUUAGAGUGUUCUUUUUCUCCUAAAAUAAUAAAAAUUCUGUGUAUGUA